AUGCCUCAAUUACGUACGUUCGACUUUCAGCAUUUAACUUCUCCAGACAUGGCAGAAUCUCAUGCUUAUCAUGCAUUGAUCAAACGAUUCAAUACAUCAUUUUGGUUCGAACGACAAUGGUACUUUGCACAUAGACAUUUUUUGUUUAUGAUGGAAUAUCCUGCUGUGAUGUUUUAUUCAACUAAACCGUACAGACGAAAUGGCUAUGAAUUAUAUGAACGUAUGGAUAACGAUAUAUGCUCAAAUCGAGAGUCUAAUUUGAAUUUAUCUCGUGAAAUCGUUAUCUGGGGUCAGCAGGCCGCUGUUAAUUGUUUCAUUAAAUUUUAUCGUGUUACCAGUCUUGUUUUCAUGGAUAGAUAUGUUGAAGAUAAUCGUUUAUUGCUUGACGAUUUCAAACGAAUUGUUCCUUUAAUACAACUUACACAAUUAGUUAUCGAAUGCUUCGAACUUCGUCAUAACCAGCUUGUCGAAAUUUUACACCAUGUGCCAAAUGUUCAGACGUUGAUACUAUCCACAGUGCCAUUACUGCAAAAAUCGGAUACAUCUACAGAACAAGAUGAAACUGCUUAA